AUGAAUAAGCGUGAGGGUCACGUUUGCUCAGCGAUACCGAGUCAGGUUUCACCUUCAGGCGAGAUCGGCCUUCACCCCGAGGUCCCUCGUGGAGUGGCCCCCAACAACCCAGUCCCGCAGGACAAGGGCAAGGCCAGAACAGCGGCAUCGGAGCAGAUCGGGCUGGCGAGCCGCUUUGGACCAGUACUGAGGCAAGUCAUGACUGUCCUGAUUGGUAACCGUACACGAGAAGUUCGUGCCUCAAAGUUUGGCAAAGACUAUGAUUGUGAAGAGGCUCAAGAGUACGGACAACGUCCGGUGCAGUGCAAGGUGGGGGGAAUCGAGGUCACCGGAUCUCGUGACGUAGGACCAAGCGUUUUGUGGGUUGGACAGGACGAAGCUCUUGCCCAGCAAAUCUUGGUGCGGAGAGGCUGGCUUGGCCCGACUUGGCAGCCCCGGAUACUCCAAAUUCAAAAUCAUCUGUCGCGUCUGCUCGUUAUUCGCGCAGAGACAGGUUCUUCCCUCGUGAGGGUUCGCAGUGGAGAUCGGGGUAGAUGCACGCACAACGGAGAAUUUCGCAUGUGUGAAAAGCUACCUGCCCUUUCCGGGAUAUUCGCCCUUCGCGGGCCUGGGGAUCAUUUCAAAGCCGCGCAGUCUAUCGGUUGA